AUGAGGGGUCUGUGGGUGAGAAGAAAUGAGAGUAUCUUUGAAGAUAUCUUUAAGUCCCCAAGUCAAGUUAUCAGCAUUGCACAAAAUGACUUGAAAGAGUACAAGCAGGCUCUACAGAUGAACAAGGUAGCACUGAGGAAUAAUGAGGAAGGAGAAAGCAGAACCUUGAGGUGGGAAAAGCCAAGGACAGGUUCUGUCAAAGCAAAUUGGGAUGCAGCAGUAGAUAAGAAGCAAAGGAGGGUGGGUUUAGGGGUACUAAUUCGUGAUGAAGAUGGAAAGCCUCUAGUUGCUGUUGAAGGUCAGAAGGACAAUGUAGACCAUCCUGUUGUGGCCGAAGCUCAGGCUCUGUGGAAGGCAAUGGUUAUAUGUAGAGAUCUCAGAUUGGAAAAGGUCAUUUUUGAGGGAGAUGCACAAGUGAUUGUCAAAGCAGUCAACAAUGCAAGUGAAGAUUUUUCUGUUUAUGGUAGCUUAACUGAAGGUAUAAAACAUUUGUUAAAAGGAAGGACAAAUUGGACAGUUCAAUACACACAUAGAUCUAACAAUGCAGCAGCACAUACUUUAGCAAAGGAAAGUUUACAUUCACAAACUGAAUUAGUGUGGAUAGAAGACAUACCUGAUAGCAUUCAAAGAAUUGUAAAGAGGGAGUGUCAUUGUAUUGAGUGA